AGUUCCGUUUCCCUAAUUCACUUUGCGGCACACGGAUGUAUGGAAACGGGCGAAAUUGCUCUUACACCUGACCCACAGCGAAUAUCUACUGUGCCAACGGAGGAGGAUUACAUUUUAACAAUUAGAGAUGUGUUGAAUGCUCAACUUCGGGCCAAACUUGUUGUGCUUAGUUGCUGCCACAGCGGCCGGGGCGAGAUCAAGGCUGAAGGUGUGGUUGGCAUUGCGCGCGCUUUUAUGGGGGCUGGUGCUCGGUCUAUUGUGGUGUCCCUUUGGGCGAUUGAUGACGAGGCUACUCUUGAGUUCAUGAAGUACUUUUAUCAACAACUUGCAGGAGGUAAACCAGUAAGCGAGUCACUGAACCUGGCCAUGAAAAGCCUCAGAGAAUCAGACAAGUUCUGCGACAUCAAACACUGGGCGCCCUUUCUGCUGAUUGGAGAUGACGUCACUCUUCACUUCAUGGCAAAGGAAAGAGAAAAUUUGAAUAUGAAAUCACAUAAAUGAAACCUUUUUAUUUCAUCUCAAAAUGAACGACGCAGGAACUUGGAAGGUUUAAAUGCUUCUCCAUUUUGGCGCUUUUUGGCUAUUUUCAUUACUUUUCAAUUUUUUGUUAAAUGGAACUUAAGAUGUGUGACUUUACUUUGGUGAAGAAAUUAAACAGACUAUUUCAGUAUUUUUUGUUCAGUGGAAUUGCUAUUUUUUUACCUUUACAAAUUUAGAUGCUUGCGAAGAGAACAAGAUGCAACAAGGCUUCUCCUGUUAAUACCUGAAGUUGUUGAAGGCGACUACGAGGUUUUCGUCUCACCAAAAUGACACUCAGAUCUAUUCCUUUAUUGCAAUCAGUCAUGUGUAAAAUAAUUUAAAGAUUUUUUUCUUGUACACAACCAGGAGCUUGUCCACCGGGUUUUAAUUACGUUGAUACUCUAAGCUUUUGAAAGCAAAGAAACAGUUUGUCAUUUGCAAAAGGUGGCGAAAUUUUAAUUUCAAAAAUGUGAUUUGCAAAAUUUGCAGCCAUAUGUGAAUUGAUCUUAAUGGUUUUUCUACGUCAUAAAUUACUUUGUUGCAAUUUGCAAUUAUCUUUACAAAAAAAUCGAUUAUCAUUUUCAACUUUUUUUCAACCAUUUUAAUGCAAUCUAAUUCCAUCAGUGCCAAGAUUGCCAUUCUAAGCAUAAUUUGAAGAAGUAAUCAUCAGAGAUGAUGUUGUUGAAUUUACUGACCAUAUGUUAGAGACAUUAGAUCUACUCUCAGGGGUGUGGCCAGCCUCUAGUCCCGUGGGCCCGGCCUACAAUUGUUUUCCGCCCGCUUGACUUUUCUAAUAUGACUCUUACAAAUGUUGAAACAAAAAUUGAAAUUUCUCAGGAAAAAGGCCUACAACAAGUCAAAGAGCUGGCUACAACGGCCUGCUUUCAAUCAAACGAGUUGUAAAAUCAAUGUUAAUUUUUGACAGAUUUUCUUAACUACCAUUGGUAUAUGCUGGUAUCAAAUGUAAUAGUUGACCUUGCACAUGGUUGAAUAUGAUGUAACGUAGGAUUUUAAAAACAAGCUGGGACAAUUUCCACUAAACAUUCUUUUUAUAAUGUUAGUGUAUUUGGUGUGAAUUGUUUUGAUGCUAUUUGUAUUUAAAGUUGAAGCUAUUUGUUCAUUUACCUUAGUUUUUAUUCAUUGACUCAUUAACUCCCAAGUUGUGAAGAAAAAUUCUCCCAACUGAUAAAAAUGUGUUUCUUUGUUGCUUCAUUCUAAGAAUUCGAUGAAACAUGACGUUUCUAGUGAAAAAUAAUCGGCUAGUUUAGAUUUUCUCUAAUUCUUAUUGACACCAUGUUUGUCGGUGCAUUAAUUUUGUGAGGAGAAUUUAAGUUCUGAUCAAUCUUGGGAAUAAAUGGGUUCAUUUUAGUGUCUCCGUUUAGCGUGUACUUUACUUAAUGCCUUGAACAAUUUAAUGCAGUUUGUAUUGUACUUUUUUUACUUUUUUGUGUAAGAGAAAAAGAGAGUGUAUAAAAUACAAAAACUGCGUUUGUUUUCA